UUUCUCAAUUUCCAAGAAGAAGAAAGAGAAGCCCUGAAGUUCUGAAAGUCUGAAGAGAUGACAGACAGGGUUUUUCCAUCAAAGCCCACCUCAAACCCUCAAACACUGAACGGCAAUGCCAACCCAUCAUACCCCACCAAGGCUCAGCUAUACAAUCGCCCCAUUUAUCGUCCCCAACCCAAGCCCAGUCGCAAUCGCCGCAGCUGCUGUUGCAUCUGCUGUCUCUGGACUACCCUUCUCAUCAUCGCUCUGAUUCUGCUUGCAGCCAUCGCCGGCGCCGUCAUAUGGGUCCUCUACCGCCCUCAACACCCCACCUUCUCUGUGACGGCAGUUCGGAUCUCGCAAUUCAACGUCACUACCUCUAAGGACGGUUCUUCCUCCAAACUCAACUCCAAGCUCGAUGUCACCAUCUCCACUCGGAACCCAAACAAGAAGCUUGUUUUCUUCUAUGACCCAACCGAUGUUACCAUGAGCUCUGACAGCAUCUAUGUCGGUAACGGGACUUUCCCGGCGUAUACCCACGACACCAAAAACACGACCGUUCUGAGGGCAACAGUGACGAGCACCGGUGAAGAUCUGGACUCCUCGUCGGCGUCUUCAUUGAAGUCGGAUCUGAAGGAGGGAGGGAUACCAUUGGCGGUACAGUUAGACACGAAGGUGAAGAUCAAGAUGGGAGGUCUGAACACGAAGAAGGUUAUGAUCAGGGUUACUUGUGAUGGGCUCAAAACGGACGUUCCGAAAGGGAAGACUCUGGCGACUUUGACUUCAUCUUCUGAUUCGACAUGUAAGGUUAAGCUGAGGAUCAAAAUCUGGAAAUGGACUUUCUGAACUAUGUGAUUUUUCCCUUUUCCCCCUGUGUUUUUUAUUUUCGCUUUUUUCAUCUUCCAGUAUUACUACUGUCUUUGAAGUUUGAAUUGAAGUUGUUUUUCCCUUUUUUUUUUUUUUUUUUUUUCUUUUCUGGGUUGAAGAUCAAAUGAAGGUAUGUAAAUGAAGAAGGAUCUGGUAGGGAAUUAGAGAUGGAGAAAGUAAAGGAUUACAAUACUGUUAUUGAAUUGUUGUAUAAUCUUUAAGAAUUUGAUUUUGAGCAUUAAUUUACGUUUAUAUG